AUGAAUUCACAUUCUUGUUUACAAUACUAUUUGUCUAGUAAAACCCGCCAGUGCACACGCCAAGGAAUUCCUUUAUUGGAGUAUAUCUUGACUAAUGGGCCUUAUAGUAACCCAAGAAGAGACCCAAAGCUAGUAUUAGACCAUUCCAGUAACCCAAGAGUUAUUUUGAACCGACAAGAUAGUAUUAUGACCACUGCUACAAGGGCCACUAACAUAGUCCGAUUUAAGUACUGGGAAGCCAUGAGCCGGCAACUUACAAUGGGGUUGUAUGUCUUGUUAGUUUUAUUGAGUUGGGUUAAUGGAAUAAGAGAUAUUGUAGUAAGAGAUAUUGUAGUAAGAGAUAGUGUAGUAAGAGAUAGUGUAGUAAGAGAUAGUGUAGUAAGAGAUAAUGAAGUAAUAGAUAAUGAGGCAAGAGAUAGUGAAAUAAGUACAUAUAUGAGGUACCGUAUACCACGGCAAGGAGUAUUACCCACACCAAUAGAGAUGCAUCUAAUGUUGACUGAUAUAGGCUUUGCACUUACUGAAUCACCUUGCAAUCUGAAAGUUAGAUACUAUAUUCCCAAGCAAGCAGAAACACAAACACCAGAGUCCGAUUCUAAUCCCAACUCAGCACCAGUCCAGCAAAACAAACCUCUAAAGUAUGUAGUAGAAACAAGUAGUGACAAUGUUCACUAUAACUGGCCUAUGGAUGUAGACGCAACAACAAUCUCCAAUAUCUUAAACCAAGUACAAACAAUCGCCAUCUUCAAAGCUCAGGCAGCUUAUAUUGGUUAUUAUGCUACCAACCCAAGCUACUCUGCAUUGAAAAUGCAACUUCUAUCCUAUCUGAUUACUCUAUUUGAUUGUAGAACUUUAAACGUCAUCAUAGAAUAUUCCUCAGAUUUCACCAAACCAACUAACUAUACUAGUCCAACAAUUCCAAAUACCAAUCCAGACAAAAUUAACAUAGCACCACCAAGAUUACCCCAUUCAGAUUACAGCACCCCAUGCCAACUUCUAUUUUCAAGCAUAACAAAUAGUUCACUCCAAGCCCUAAUCGAAAGUCGAGUUGUUUUAGCACGAACAUUUUCCAGUGUCCGUUUUAUAGGUCACACUUACAACGACACACAUCUUCUUAAUCGUUUACCCCUGACCAAUAACUACACCCUCAUUGUUGAUACUUUAUCUUUACAGACCAACCUAAACCUAACCGCUCUCCAAACCCCCCAAUUCACAUGUGCCCAAAUCAUAGUUCAAACACCCCAAGGCAUGAAAGUAACAAUAGAAGGACUCGCCAAUGCCAUCAACAAGCACCCCAAAUUAAUUCUCCAGAUAAGUUGGGAAGAACUUAAGCAUCUAGCCAGUAGAACGAGGUCACGAAUAGAUGUCCAUACUCUCCUAGGCCUUGAUAUAACUCCCAGUGUGAUGACCACAAUAACAGAGGCCGAAACAAUAACAUGCCCAGAUCAAGACCUGGUUACCGCCAACCUAAUCAUUUUCAACAUUGCCACAAACAUGCCCUGCUACAACCGCCAAUACUUCAUACAAGAAUGCACCCAAAAGCGCCUAGCCAAUCUCGGUAUUGCAGUCAAGGAAAUCCAAUUCCACUACAGCCCCAACCGAACCGACAUACGGGACACCAUUAAGUUCUUUUGCAAAUACCAACAUAAUAUCACCUCCACUCAAAACCCCAAUGAUCCCAACGAUCCCAACGAUCCCAACAAGACCACUGAAUACCAUCUCGGCGAUCCCAACCAGUCUACUGAAUGCCACCCCGACGACCCCAACCGAGAAAAGUACAAGAUUCAAACCCCCAUCACCAUCCGACUAGAUUCAAUCCACUUAUCUCUCAACGAUCUAAUCAACCAUCGACAGAAACACGGGCAAUUCUGCCCAAACAUAAAGUAUACGACCAUCCAUAUUAAAGGCUCAGACGAACCCAAGAAAGGCAUGAUUACAAAAUGCAUCGAACUUCUAAAGUUAUUCUGCAAUCUCCAUACCGACCAACUUAUCCUCACCAAUAUCCGCAACCGACCAGCCAAAAGUCCCUAUUUCAAUUCCAUCACCACCGCCACCCAAAACUCCACCACCGCCAAGGAAACCCUAACCAUAACCAACCUAACCCUAGACAAUGUCGAUGAGUAUCUCAUCUGCUGGCUCUUCUCCCACUACCGUUUCUCCCAAGCAACCCAAGUCCAAAUCCUAAACCCCACCAACCCCACCAACCCCACCAACCCAUCCCUUUUAUUACCCAACCAAUUCACCAUCAAUGGCUCCCAAGGCACAAAUAAGAUCACAGCAUCUCCCAACCACACUCUAUUCUAUUUCUACUACAACCGAACCUAA